AAAAACAAUAUGGCGGAAAAAAUUGUCCACUCCACAAAAUUUGGCGAUAAUAUUCAUUUUCCGCCUUGAAAAUUUCAAGUCGUGCCCAUGCGUGCUGUGAUAUGUAGGUAAUAAUGUUUUCUAUGCGAAUUGUUAACAGCGAUUUCUACAUCGCCGACCCAGUUCCAGAACUCGAUGUUUGUAACUCCAAAUUUCGCGAGGAUACUUCGACAACUGUAAAAACCAAGGUUCCAGUUAUUCGUAUUUAUGGAGCUACUCCAAGAGGUCAAAAAACAUGUCUCCACGUCCACGGUAUCUUCCCUUACAUUUACGUUCCGUACGAUGGAACACAGCCGACAGACAAGUACAUUAAACAGUUUGCAACUAGUGUGGACUUUGCAGUACAGGUUGCUCUCGGAAAAGCGUCUUCUUCUCGUCGGCAUGUCUAUGAAAUCACUAUUGUGAAAGGAACACCUUACUAUGGUUACCAUGAAGGUGAGAGAGAUUUCUUGAAGAUUGUCCUAUACAAUCCAUUCUUGGUUACACGGAUUGUCAGCCUUCUUCAGAAUGGAGCAAUCAUGAAUAAAGUAUUUCAACCUCAUGAAGCUCAUAUUCCAUAUAUGUUGCAGUUUUUUAUGGACUACAACCUUUAUGGAAUGAACCUGAUUCAUGCCUCUGGUGUCAAAUUCAGGGCCCCUGUCAGGCUCUUAGCAGGGGAAGCUGAAACAAUUCCUUCUCCAUCUAGCAAGAAAGUAACAUCACCUCUACCAAGUCAGAUAUAUUCCUCACCUCUAACUCAAGUAUGGGAUGAAGAAACUGUAUCCAAGGACUUGGUUUUGGGGUCCAACAUUGAAAGACUGAGCUUCUGUGAAUUGGAGGCUGACAUGCUGGCUUCUGACAUCCUUAACAAGCUGGAGAUAGGAGUCAACAUUGGCUCUAAUCCUGGCUUAGCAGCCAUUUGGGAAGAUGAACAGCAACGAAGAAGAGAGGCAAAUGAGUCUUCUCACAUCACUGCCCCACCAUCAGAUGAGAGACACCUUAUCCAGGAAACUGAGACAGAAAAGAAUUUCAAGGAAAGAAUCAAAGAAAUUAUAAAUGAACGAGAUGUGCUGAUACAAAGUCAAAUGGGGAAACUAGGACGAGAAGCAUUUUCUCCAAAAGAACUUGCCUCAUUUCAAGACUCCAUCUCAUCAAUUGCUGCAUCUCAGAAGGAUGCAGCUCUCAACAAUGAUUCUUUAGAUGCAGAUGCUGUGCUACAGUUGCUGUCUCAACAGGCUGAUGAAUCAGUAGCAGCUGCAGAAUCAUCUCAAGCAAUCAUUGAUGAAGACGAACCUGUUGUAAAUCAGAGUAUUGUCCAUGAAGUGGUAGAAGCAUCACAGAGGUCUUUUUCACAGGAACUUUCUUCUAGUUUGGAUCAAGAGAUGGUCAACAUCUUGGCAAGUUUAGCUGAGGAACCCAGUCAGCCGUGUGCCAGCCAGAAAGCUCCACUAAGUCAAAGUGUCAUUUUGGAUCAAGGAGAUGUGCCGUGUGACGAGGAAGCUAAUGAGGAUGAGGAACUUAGUGAGUCGGAGGAGUCUAUUAUGAUGUCACAGAAGGUCUGGGACGAUAUUGAGCCGGCACUCUCGGCGGACCAGGGCGAUGUACAAGACGGUGACAAUCAGUAUGACAGGCCCUCUCAGUAUGACAUGGAAGGAAUGAUGGACACAUGGAUUGGAUCGUUCUUGGGUGGAGACAUUCCCCAGUUAGACGGGGCCGCAGAUGAAGAGUCUGACAGAAAAGAAGACUUCAAAAUACGGCGGGAAAAGAGUACAAAAGUCAAAACUAAGAAGAGUUUUAAUUCGGAUGAUAAGAUAUCAAGGGAUGUAAUUCAAAACUCAACAUUAAAUCUCAUAUCUUCUUGGAGAAAUGAAAAACACGACAAAAACAAGGAGAGCGAAGAGUCUUGUGGCGUAAAUGUUUGGCCAAACGAAAGACUGGCAGUUCGUACGUAUUCGAGAAAGAGUAUGUCUGUUCCAAAAAAUCGAAAGACUCCAUCGCUGAGCUUGGAAAUGGUUGCAAUGAAUUGUGACGAAGACAAACAGCAGGAGAAAAGUAGAGAUGAGUUUAAGUUGUUUCUCAGUGAUUCCAGUGAUUCUGAAAGUGAAACGAUCAAGGAGAGGAAUGUAGGAUCCAAAAAAAAUGAAAUGAUUGUGUAUCCUCAGACGAGACAAAUCCUAGAAGAGCAUAAAUCAAGCAGAGCAGAAACUUCUACUUCUCGGAAUUGUAUAGGAACGUCGCGCGAGAGUUGUACUUCAGUUAUAACCAAAUAUUUUCACAGCCCUGUUAAAAACCCUGAAUGCUCGAAAAGGCAAGACGGGUUACACUCGCGCUCUGAGGGAAAGUGUUCAGCACCAUUUGAACUCUCUGGGGGAGAAAUGUUACCUCAGUGUUCCAAACAACAAGAAUUAAACUUGCGUAAGAGUUCUCUUCGUAAAAGAAAGUUGACAGAGGUUGACCAGAAGGAACAUAAACUUGGUAAAGGGGUAGUUACGCGGAGAGCAAGCAAGAAAUUGGAUGUGCUGGCAUCGCUGGGUGUUGUUAGUGACGCCAUGAAGGAUUUGACAGUGUCGCUGCAAGAUAUCUCUCAUACGAGAACACUGAGCUCGAAGCUUAGUGAGGCCAAACAACGUUUGAGGAAAAUGAAUGAGGAGUAUACAGCUGUAAGGGGGAAGUUAAACAGCCCCAUUAGAGAACAGAAACCACUUGUAAAUCGAUCGCCUCAGCUGAGAAAGAAUGGAAAGUCCCCUUUGUCGAGGGCGAAAAGUUCUCCGAGGAUAAAAGAAGAAAGAUCGAAGAGGUAUGGAGUGAUACCUGUUAUGAUUGAAAAGUCGCCCAAAAAGAGUCAAGUUGUGAUUGACAAUCUGGUCCCUGAUACCAAUCGUCCGCUUACGGAGACUUCAUCUCCAAAUCCUUAUUCUGCACGGAAUUUAGGCCCACAUGCCUGCGAUUAUACAGAUCCUAAUAUUAAUUGCGGGACGGGACAAGCCUCGUCCCGAAACAGAGCGCAAGUUAUGGAACUUCUGUCCUCUCAGUCAACUACUUCUACAGUAGGUGGCAUAGAAACAUCCUCUAUACCCUCUGUCUCGUCCCGUGCACUGACCCUUAAAUCUGAUAGUAAGCUUAGAGGAAAGUCCCGCAAUGAAACGAGACAAGUUUUGUCCCUGCGAAAGAGAGGGCUGAAGCGAAAGCGUAUGAUAGACACAGGGAAAAAAGAAAUGAAGCCAAAACCAUCGAAAGACACGUCUGGUAUAAGGAAGAAAAGAAAGCUCUCUUUUACACUCAGCAAAACAGAUAAAACUUGUCUUGAUGAUAGGAACGGAUGUGACAAGGAAACCUCGGUAACUUCCGCAGAAAAUUGUUCCGUCAAAGACUGCAAAUCCGUUAGCGAGACAGACGACUUUAUCUGUGAGACUCAACUUGACAAUGAAAAUAACAGUAGUUUUUUUCGCUCUGAAGCUAAAACUAAAUUUGCUCCAAACACUGGUUUGUUGGAAGGCAUUACCUGUAUACCAGCCAGUCCCAUUGACUCUGACUCGAACGGUGAUUCUGUGAGUAACGCUGAAUCGUCAACGGCCUCUACUGAGUUGAAACCUUUUACGUUGCCGGCUCCAUCUUGCAGUAAAUUCGAUGAUUCUGCAGAUUCGUCUGUGUCUAGUGAAAAUCGGGGCGGGGCGUUUGAUAACGCGUGUGACAACUUAAAUGGCUCACUACUUUUAUCUCAGGAACUGUUUCCAAAAGAAAGAGAUACGGAGUUAUUAGCUAAUGCACUUUUUAACAUGUCUCUUCCGUCGCCUUUGCCAUUAAUUCACGAAUGUUAUUCCCCUCCAUGUCCUUCUUCGCCAUCUGACGCCAAUCGACUUUCACUGAAUCAAUUUAAAAGUGAAGGGAACCUGGUGAAACAACAGCAAUUUUUCACUGUAAAUAGCAACGUUGUUAACGAAGACGAAGACAGCGUUUUAGGAGACGGCGGAAUAUCUGCAUCCUCUCUGAGCAUCCUCUCUUUUGCGUCGCGCGCAAAGUUGUCGCUCCUAGAAUCUGGUCCUCAACUCGGAGAGACACAAACUACAUUUGAAAGUACUUUCGUGUUGCAUAACAACCCGCAAGCGUGCAGACAUGUUGAAAAUAGCUACAAUUGCUCAAAUGAAGUUGAUCUGGAAAUCGUUGGUGAAUCGUGCAAAAUCCGUGUGAAGAACAGCGAGUCGAAUGCCAUUUCCUCAGUAGAAGGAAAUGUAACAAGGAAAGAAAAGGACUGCAUAUCAAAUUUAGGGUCGACAGUUCCCGAAGAAAACUCAACUGAAAGUACUACUAACCGUGUUACAUGGUCAAAUACAUCAGUUGCUGAGUCAAGAGGACUAGAAGCAAAAAGAACGCUUCUGCUGCGAGCACGCGCGCCUGACUUUGUUGAAGCAGGAGAAAAAGACUUUGACCCAGGAGAGUUUGUGUUGAGGAUGAAUCUGGCAGAGAAUAGUUCGAAGGAAUUCCAGCCAGUAGAACAGUGUAAUCCGCAAAACGAAGAAAUGGAAAUUUGUGUGGAGGUCGAUGGUAGAGAUAGACCAUUAAGCACAGGAAACCCGCUUAAUUGCCACUUUGCCGCUGAACUGCAUGCAAAACCGGGCGGAAUAUACAAAAGCAGCAAGGACAGUGCAAAUGCUCCACGGAGUGUCUCUGAUAGUUUGUCACUUGAAUCAUCUAAGAGCGACAGCUUCAAGUGUAAAAAUAUUAUUUCCAUUGAACCUUUAAAGCGGCCACCUUCAUCUGAAGAACUUUUAAACUCGCUCAAGGAUUAUGGACUUCCUCAGUGCAGAUAUCAACGGCCUUUUUGCAGUGACCCAGAUGACGUCCCGUCGUGCCCUAGGGAAGUAGGCGGACGAAUUUUGAGAAUCGAAUCAAGAAAGGUUUCAAGCCUUCCAGAGUUUGAAUCGGCAGGUUCUUUGCCAGGGUUGAAACACUGGAGAUUUGUGUUAUCAUCAGCUCGCGAAUUUAGCCUUCGUGAUCUUGGCCAAACCAUCGGGGCUGAAGCAGACUUUGAAAAAAAUGUCCAGCUGAAGAUUGCGUUAAUGGGAGACGGAGAUGUAGUGGUAACACCAUGUCGAGGCCCGCCAACACCUCAGGCUGUUAAGGCCUGGGCACGAGAUAAAAUGGCCCAACGUAAACGGGGAACGUCUUUGAAAAAAGCGGAACAAAAACAGGAGACAUCGCAAGAUGGAAAUUUGGAGAAAGUUGUGACUAAACAGUUAUCAAAUCAAACUAAAACAGUUGCAGACGAUUCAAAAACUUUAAAAUUCGAACUUAAUCAAGUCAUACCGAAAUCAUCUCCGCCAAAAAUUCCUCCAGAUAAAAUCUUCACCGGGUCAGGCGGGCUCGUUUUAAAAAAUCAUGUUAGUGUUCCUGUGCAAAAGCAAAAGAUGCUUGAUGGUAUUGAUAGAGAUAAAAAGACAGAUGUCCUAGAUCUGUCCGAUUCUUCAAGUCCUGCCGAAGUAACUAGUCCCGGCAGCUUGUUCUCGCCAAACGAGGAGAAAAUGUGUACACUAGCGUCAAGUUUUACACAAAAUGGAAAACACAAUCUAUGCGAAAUUUCAGGAACGCAACCAAUAACUAUUAAUAGGAGCCUGGGGUUUGCUGUUUACGAUGAAAAACUUCAUCAAGCUGACAAUGUUACUACAGAAACAAACUCGCCGCCUAAUGUAGUCACGCAAUGCAAGGCAGGCACGCCGCCAUCAAGAAUUUCUCCAGAAGGUACUCCACAGCUCAGUCCUCUUACCAUAAAGCAACUGUUAUCGCCGACAUUCCAAACUCAAGAUUUCACCUUUUCCGCGCCUCAUCACAGCACCCCGGUGGCUACAAAACUUGUCUACGGCCUCCAGUCACCCCGCUGUACUCCAAUCUCAGCCGCUACUAAUGUGAAGAGUCUGGAAACUAGUCCCCAGAAUCCUAUGAAGAGUAGUACCGGUCACCAGGUCUCCUCAGACCAGACACCUUCUCUACGACAGCAACUGCUGGCUAGCCAAUUCAAGCUCGUUACACCUGGCUCCAAACCAAGGUGCCAUUUGCCAUGGAGCUCACAGAUCGACGGUCCUUCUCCCAACAACACCUACGGGUUCAAGGUUUCUCAGAUCAACCUCAAGGACACCAAGGCCCUCCACGAGGUACAGCAUUUGACACUGUUUAGUUUAGAGCUUCAUGUAAGAACAAGGCGUGACAUGAGACCAGAUCCUGAAUUUGACCCAAUUUGCGCGAUUUUCUACUACAUCCAAACUGACACUCCUCUUCCUUCUGGAAAAAACAGAGUUACUGGAAUCAUCUGCGUGGACCCAGAAUCUGCCAAGAUUUGUAGCUACACAACAGAAAACAAAGAAGCAAGUAUUCCGAUCACCAACAACACAACACCAGUUUCGCCGUCAAACCAGACGAUAGUAUCGACCUCAUCAAGAGCUACACAGAACACCAAGGCGCCUCAUCUGAGAUCUUUAUUAUCUCGGUCAGGAAUCACAGAUCAUGAUAUCCAAUAUGUGGCCGAGGAGAAGGAUCUCUUCCCUGCUUUGAUCAGAAUCAUCCGCAGAUGGGACCCUGACAUUUUGAUCGGUUUUGAGAUACAAAUGUUCUCUUGGGGAUUUCUUUUGGAGAGGGCGCUGGUCUUCGAGAUCGACUUUUGUAGUUGGUUAUCACGCGUGAAAGGUUCGUCUUCUGACUGUAAUAUGGACGCUGAGAAAGACGUCUGGGGUGCUGCGCAUACCUCUGAGUUUAAGAUCGCUGGACGCAUCAUUUUAAACGUCUGGAGGCUCAUGAGACACGAGGCAGCCCUGAAUAGCUACUCAUUUGAGAACGUAGCAUUUCACGUUCUUCACGAACGAAUACCGCUGUACUCGUUUCGCACGCUGUCGGACUGGUGGGAUCAGCGAACGUCAUUAAACCGCUGGAGGACCGUCGAUCAUUACGUUACGCGUUGCCGUUGUAACGUUAGGAUUCUGGAAUCCUUGGAUUUCAUCGGUCGAACCAGUGAAUUGGCAAGGCUUUUUGGGAUCUUGUUCUUCUCCGUCAUAUCUCGUGGAUCGCAGUAUCGUGUGGAGUCUAUGAUGCUAAGGAUAGCAAAACCAAUGAACUAUAUUGCAGUUUCUCCCAGCAUCGAACAACGUGGACUUAUGCGAGCCCCAGAAACAAUUCCUUUGGUAAUGGAACCGGAAUCCCGAUUCUACAGUGAUCCAGUCCUGGUCCUCGAUUUCCAGUCUCUGUAUCCCUCAAUGGUCAUUGCAUAUAACUAUUGUUUCUCCACCUGUCUUGGGCGAGUCAGUUGUCUGUCGGAGUACGGUGAAUUCAAGUUUGGUGCCACCUCUUUAUGUGUUCCUCCAAGUCUUCUGAGAAAACUUGAGGGUGACAUACAUGUCUCUCCAAAUGGUGUCGCUUUUGUCAAAUCUAACAUAAGACGGGGCGUUCUUCCCAGUAUGUUGGAAGAGAUCCUUGAGACACGAAUCAUGGUGAAGGCGUCAAUGAAGAAAUGGAAAUCAGACAAGGCUCUCGGGCGAAUGUUAGAUGCUCGUCAACUGGGCUUGAAGCUGAUAGCAAAUGUGACGUUUGGGUACACAUCUGCUCAUUUCUCCGGCAGGAUGCCGUGUGUAGAGAUUGGUGACAGCAUUGUCCGUAAAGCGCGCGAGACGCUCGAGCGCGCAAUUGACCUAGUGAACAACACUCCUCGCUGGAGCGCGCGUGUCGUGUAUGGAGAUACUGACAGCUUGUUUGUAUUACUCAAAGGCGCCACUAAAGAACAAGCUUUCAAUAUUGGUAAAGACAUUGUGGAUACCGUCACAGCCAUGAAUCCUAAACCAGUUAAACUCAAGUUUGAAAAGGUUUAUCUGCCUUGUGUGUUACAGACGAAGAAGCGUUACGUUGGAUACAUGUACGAAACACUUGAUCAGAAGGAACCCGUGUUUGAUGCUAAAGGGAUUGAGACUGUACGAAGAGACUCAAUUCCCGCAGUGGCAAAGAUUCUCGAAAAGUCGCUGCGAAUUUUGUUUGAAACGCGUGACCUGUCCUUGAUCAAGAAGUAUGUCCAGCGGCAGUGCACAAAGUUGAUGGAGGGACGUGUUAGUCUCCAGGACUUCACUUUCGCCAAAGAAUACCGCGGCAUGAAAAGCUAUAAACCUGGCGCAUGCGUGCCAGCUCUGGAACUCACGAGGCGCAUGCUUAGAGAGGACCGCAGAUCAGAGCCAAGAGUAAGAGAAAGAGUCCCAUAUGUAGUGGUGUAUGGAAGUCCAGGAUUACCAUUGAUUCAACUUGUAAGACGACCUCAUGAAGUUCUCCAGGAUCCAGGCCUUCGGUUAAACGCGUCCUAUUACAUCACCAAACAGAUCCUACCACCGCUCAAUCGCGUUUUCUCUCUCAUUGGCCUAGACGUGUUCACAUGGUACGCGGAGCUCCCACGUGUCGUACGGGUGGCGCAGAUGCCUUCGGAUCCAGGAGAAAGAAAAAAGGGCACUAUUUCUCAAUACUUUUCAACAAUGGCAUGCCCGGUUUGUCAAGACCUUACUCCAACUGAUCUGUGCGCCAAAUGUCGAGGUAUGUCCCAGAAGUCAGCGGUUAUACUGACCACCCGCAUGCACCGCUGGGAACGAACGUAUCAACACCUAGCAGAGAUUUGUCACGGCUGUUCUGGUUCUCGUGAUACCAAGUUACGUUGUGUGUCUUUGGACUGCCCGGUAUUUUACAAGCUCGUGCAAUGUACACGCGACCUGAGGUCAUCUGAACAUUUCAGGAAGAUCCUUGACAGUUUGUAACAACAAGAAGACCCCGACAACAACUGGCAUGAGCCCACAAGGAAGAAAGCUGGAUCGACGAUGACGACAACAAAAAGGAUUUACUGCAUCCCGUGUGGGGAUGGGUGAUAUUUUAAUGAGAACACCCACUUACGAAUCGUUGCUUGUCUCUGUUGAGUUUCAAAUGGCACGAACUGUAAUCUAAUUUUUUUUUUUAGUCAAGAAACUGUGGUUGAUUUAGGGAAGACUGACAACAGCAAUGAUUACGAUGCUAAUGAUAAAUGUUAAUGAAGUAUGAUUGUGUUAAUAAGAUGAAACUAUUUUUCGACAGUUGUUUUUCCAAACAUGAAAAUGACUCAAACUCACAUAGGGGAACUUAAGAAACAUAUAGAAAUAAAAUAAUAUUCCGAGUGAGACUGAAGAGUUUA